CCAAGCAUCCCAUGAACUCCACGAUAGAUUCAAUUCAAGCAUUACUUCCAAGUAGAGUAGAGCAGUAAAUCCUCAAAUUCAAAUGUCGACCAUCUUAGUCUUCGUCCUCUCUCUACUUACUCUUCUCUCUUUGGCUUACGCACAAGGUCGAGCACCUCAUGGGCUUGUCUAUGAGAACCCCACGGCACUCUCUCCAGAAGCUUUUGACUUCUUCCACCCCAAUACCCAACAGCCCAACAGUCAAUCAACACCUUGUGUAGAGUCUGAUUGCGCUCCUAUCCCUCAGUCAGCAACAUUUUCCUCUGUUUCAGCUGUUGCGCAAUCCACCGAAGCGCAUGAAAACAAUCUAUCGGACACGAAGACGACCGGAAGCCGAUUAAGUGCUGGUGGGAUUGCUGGCAUUGUCUUUGGUUUUGCAUUUGCAGUGCUUUUAGCAAUGGGUGUCUACUAUGUAGCCAUCACACGUAGAUCCAACAUCACUCAGGCAAACUCUGUUCGGCCUGAUGCUUGAUUUGAUCUUGGGCUCCUUUCUUUACUUCUCCUUUUUCAAUUUCUUCUUUGGUUGUUCAUAAUAAAUGCAGAUGUAUCUAUAGUAUGUAUCCUAAUUAUGAAAUAGAGGAGCUUUUACAUUGUUCA